AUGGCGACGCCGCCUCCCGAGGCUCCUCCUGGUGUCAAGGAGGACAAGCCUCAACUGCCGCCGUCGCCAAAUGGUGCCUCAUCUGUUGACAUUGGUCGCACAAGCCCGCAUAAUCAUGUGACGGAAGCAGCGCCGACCAAUGGUACGAACGAAGGAAAUGACAAGACCGCCGCGGUGAAUGGCCACGGUACUGAACAGCCAUCGUUGACGAAUGGCGCCGGCUCCACGGUGUCGCCCCCAAAGUCACCUACUCAACCACCUGCGGACGUCCCUGCACCAUCGACAACGACACCAACGGAGAACGAAGAAGAGAAACCCCUUACUUCCACGUCUACGGAUGGACCAAACAAAGAGCCAAACGGGGACAACUCUGUUCCUAAUGCGCCUGUGAUACAGGAGACGGGCACAACUGUUGGUACAAACCAGGCCUCACCGCAAGACACGGAGGCAUCGCAAGAUGUAUCAAAGCCACCGACUGAUUCGUCGUCCGAUGCCAAGGUGGAGAAUAAUGGACAGGAUGCUGGCGUGAAGACCGAGCUGCCUCAUCAUCCUACUAGUGCGAGACUGGACACCAUGCCCGGUGAUGACGCUUCUAGUAAGGCGCCAACUGCACCAAGUCUGCAUACUAUCGACCAAGACAUGCCUGACGCGCCAGAUGUUCCAAUAUCUCCGACGAAGGUAUCCCGGGAGCGCGAUGCAGACGGCGAUGAUGAGCCCGCUGCCAAACGUACCAAGUUGGAAGAUGAAGGCUCAGCUGAGGUCAAGCUUCCUGAUCUGCCCACACCUGUGACCGAAGCACCUGCCCACACCACUGUGAAUGGUGAGGCGACCAUGACUAAGGUCCAACAUAAAUUCGUCCUCAAAGGUAUUCAGAGUUUGAAGCGCAUGAAUGAUGCUCGCUUCUACCGCGAACCUGUUGACCCGGUCAAGAUGAACAUCCCCCAUUAUCCGCAGAUUAUCAAGCAUCCUAUGGAUCUUGGGACAAUCGAGCGCAAAUUGAAGAAUAAUGAGUACAAGACUGCUCAGGCCGUCGUGGACGAUUUCAAUUUGAUGGUGCAAAAUGCAAUUACUUUCAAUGGUCCCGACCACGUGGUGUCACAAGAGGGAUUGAAGCUCAAAGGCACAUUCGAGAAGCAAAUGAUGAACCUACCCAAGGCUGAUGAGGUUGAAGAGAAGAAGCCGAAAAAGGUUUCCACCAAAACUUCAGCGGCCCAUCGGGAACCGCGCACUAGCGUUGGGACGUCUACAGCUCGCCCGACCGCCACUUCCCCUCAGGCCACGACUUUUGCUCUUGGACCAGAAGGCCUGCCUUUGAUCCGUCGUGACUCUACCAAUACUGAUGGCCGUCCCAAGCGCUCGAUUCAUCCACCCAAGCGGGAUUUGCCUUAUUCCACCAAGCCCAAGAAGAAGAAGUACCAGUGGGAACUGCGAUUCUGUCAGGAAGUCUUGGAUGAGCUCCACAAACCCAAGCACUACAACUGGGCUGCCCCCUUCUACUUCCCUGUGGAUCCGGUUGCACUGAACAUUCCGACUUAUCACAGCAUUAUCAAGAAGCCAAUGGAUCUUUCCACUGUCCAGUCCAAACUCAAGACUGGCCAGUACGAGAAUGCCAAGGAAUUUGAGGUUGACAUGCGUCAAAUAUUCAAGAACUGCUUCAAGUUCAACAUCCAAGGAGAUCCUACCUACAUGGCCGGUCAGAGAUUCCAGGAGAUAUUCGAAAACAAGUGGGCUCAGAAGACACGUUAUCUAGAGGCUCAUGAACCCCACCCAGAACACCAGAGCAUUAGCUCUUCCUCCGAAGAAAGCGAAGAAGAGGAAGAUGAGAGCGACUACGACAACGAGAAGUUAACCAUGCUGCAGAAACAAAUUGCUGAAAUGUCACGUCAAGUGGAAGCGAUUACACAGAAGAAAAAGAAGACUCCACCUGGUUCGAAAAAGCCUAGCAAGUCUAAGUCCGGAAAGAAGGAUUCGAAGAAGAGCGGAACCAUCCCCUUGGGCAAGAAGGACAAGAAGACUUCCUCCAAGUCAUCCAAGCCAGAAAAGCAGCGCUACGUCACUUAUCACGAAAAGCAGAUCAUCUCGAACGGAAUAAGUAGUCUUCCGGACAAGAAGAUGCAGGAAGCCCUCAAGAUUAUCCAAAGCAACGUUCCAGCUUUGAAAGGUACACAAGAGACCGAGAUCGAACUUGACAUCGAUGAGCUCCCUAAUGAGGUUCUAUUGAUGUUACUGAAGUUCGUCAAGAAGAACGCCCCGCAUGUCAUAGAAGAGGAGGAUAUGACCGCUUCUACUGCAGCAAAUAUGGCUGCUCCAAAGCCAAAGAAGAAUAAGCCUAUGAGCAAGUAUGAGCAAGAGGCUCAGAUUAACAUGCUCGAGAGCAACCUCUCUCGUUUCCAGGGCGGUGGCGGCCGUUCUCCCGAUCCUCUCCCGUCUGUGGAAGCGAAUGAAAGUAGCGAUGAUUCAGAGGAUGAUUCUGAAGAAAGCGAGGAAGAGUAG